AUGCCAGCCAACCUCACAGAGGGCAGCUCCUAUGUCAACCAGACCGUGCCAGCGCCGGCUCCUUCCACCGAGACUUGCAUUGAAAAUGUGACUUUCACUGAAGUGACGGCAGGGGAGGAAUGGGGCUCCUUCUACUCCUCCUUUAAGACAGAGCAGUUGAUAACGCUGUGGGUCCUCUUUGUCUUCACCAUUGUUGGAAACUCUGCUGUGUUGUUCUCCACGUGGAGGAGGAAGAGAAAGUCCCGGAUGACCUUCUUUGUGACUCAGCUGGCCAUCACAGAUUCUUUUACAGGACUGGUCAACAUCUUGACAGAUAUUAUUUGGCGAUUCACUGGAGAUUUCAUGGCUCCUGACCUGGUCUGCAGGGUGGUCCGCUAUUUACAGGUUGUCCUGCUCUAUGCGUCUACCUAUGUCCUGGUGUCCCUCAGCAUAGACAGAUACCACGCCAUUGUGUACCCCAUGAAGUUUCUACAAGGAGAAAAGCAGGCCAAGGUUCUUGUUGGGAUUGCCUGGACUCUCUCCUUCCUGUUCUCCAUCCCCACCUUGAUCAUAUUUGGGAAAAGGACACUAUCCAACGGUGAGGUUCAGUGCUGGGCUCUGUGGCCGGAUGACUCCUACUGGACCCCCUACAUGACCGUCGUGGCUUUCCUGGUGUACUUCAUCCCCCUGGCAAUCAUCAGCAGCAUCUAUGGCAUUGUGAUCCGAACCAUUUGGAUUAAAAGCAAAGCCCACGAGAUGGUGAUUUCCAACUGCUCAGAUGGAAAGCUGUGCACCAGCUACAACCGAGGACUCAUCUCAAGGGCAAAAAUCAAGGCUAUCAAGUAUAGCAUUGCCAUCAUUUUUGCUUUCAUCUGCUGUUGGAGUCCAUACUUCCUCUUCGACAUGCUGGACAAUUUCAGCCUCCUUCCAGACACCCAGGAGCGUUUCUAUGCCUCUGUGAUCAUUCAGAACCUGCCGGCCCUGAACAGCGCCAUCAACCCUCUCAUCUACUGCCUCUUCAGUGGCUCCACUGGCUUACCCUGCAGGGAUCAGAGGUCACAGGAUUCCAGAAUGACAUUCCGAGAAAGAACCGAGAGGCAUGAGAUGCAGAUUAUGUCCAAGCCAGAAUUCAUCUAAACGCUGGAGCAACAGUCGUGCUGAG